AUGCAUGGUACAUACCACGUGUAUAUAUUGUAUAUUGUCCUGUUUGGUAAAUACAUAUAGUUUAUAUAAAUGUUCUGUUGAUAGAUUAUUAAAAAAUUUAUAUAAAUAUUUCGUUGAUAUUAAAUUUAUAAUAUGAAAUAUUUAAAUAGAAAUUUGCCAAAUACUUAGUUCUAUUUAUUCAAAAUACAACAAGUAUGGUCAUCUCUAUACACUAACACUAACACAUUUUUCUGAUUAAAAGUAAGAUAAUUAUCCUAGAUAUAUCGCUGCAGCUGCGUUUUGUAUCGUAUGUGUAAUUUUGAAAUAUAUAAAACAAUUCUAGGAACAUGGAAUUUUAUACUAAUAAAUUUACGAGAUUUUUCUCGUGGAAACUCUUAAAACCAAACAAUAAGUUUAAUGUACGAUAUUCUUCGAAAUAUUAUAAAAUAGACGACAAUAUUUUCGGAUUAAACGAACAACAGAAAGAGAAAUUUUGGAGAGAACUCGGCAAGCUAGGUUUGUUAGGAAUAACCGCGAAAUCCGAAUACGGUGGCACAGGUGGCACGUACUUAGAUAACGUUAUCGUCAUAGAGGAAUUAAGCAGGGCGUCAGGAGCUAUAGGCCUCAGCUACGGCGCCCAUUCAAAUUUGUGCGUUAAUCAAAUUCACAGAAAUGGAACUGAAGAACAAAAGCACAAAUAUCUACCAAAGUUGUGUAGUGGAGAACAUAUCGGGGCGCUUGCAAUGUCAGAGUCGACAUCUGGAUCUGACGUGCUUUCUAUGAGACUGCGAGCCGAAAGGAAAGGCGACUAUUAUAUUUUAAACGGUCACAAAUUUUGGAUCACGAAUGGCCCCGAUGCUGAUACUCUCGUCGUUUAUGCGAAAACGGAUCGAAACGCGGCUAAACCGCAACACGGUAUCACGGCGUUUAUCGUAGAACGAGAUUUCGAAGGUUUCAGUGUCGCACAGAAAUUGGAUAAACUAGGCAUGCGAGGUUCCAACACUGGUGAACUUGUAUUUCAAGAUUGCAAAGUUCCUGGAGAAAAUAGCAAAUAUGUAUACAAGUCUAAACGUUUGCAGAAGUUACUUGUAUUCAGUAACUAGGUCUUGCGACGCAGGAUAUGUAAGUCGAAAAGAUUGUGCUGCGGUGAUACUUUACGUAGCCGAGUGCGCUACCAAAGCUGCGUUGGAUGCAAUUCAGAUACUUGGUGGGAAUGGUUAUAUAAAUGAUUAUCCUACUGGAAGGUUUUUAAGAGACGCUAAAUUGUACGAAAUUGGCGCUGGUACCAGUGAAAUUCGGCGAAUGGUGAUUAGUAGAGCCAUUAGCGAAGAAUACUCAUAA